UGUGUCCUCCAAUCAGAGCGCAGCGCGUGAGUGUGGAGGCGGGGCUUCCAGACUUGGCACUGCGCGAGCUCUCGGGAGUAAAUGCAUGGUUAUGUGUCAUCUCUCUGCAGUCGUGUAGCGCUCGAGCGCAUUGCUCGGUGACUUCUCGUCAGGUCUGUGAAGGUGUCCGGCGUUUCUCUGGGAUUAUUUCCGCCAAAACUAAACGGGCUGAUCGCAGGAUGGGUGCUGGAGACGGGUUCCGUGCCCCGGCGGCGGUGAUCUCUGCUGGGCUACUGAGUGUGCUGGGCCUCUCGUGGUUCUGGAGCUUGCUGGCUCUUUUAGGAGUUUAUUUAUGUUCUGGAGGAUGGAGGUUUCUCUAUGUGGCUGCAUGCACCAUCAAGAGAGACCUUGUUGGUCUGUGCAUACUGUUGCGUGUGAAAUUCUUCAUGCAUCAUUACAUUCGUACGCGCAGCACCGUCCCGUCCAUAUUCGCCCAGCGCGUGGCACUCCACCCGGACAAAGCGGCUCUGGUGGAGGAGUCCACGGGCGAGGUGUGGAGCUUCUCUGAGCUGGACCGGCGCUCGAACGCGGUGGCGCAGUGGGCCGUGGCGCAGGGCUGGAGGUCUGGAGACGUGGUGGCCGUCUUCAUGGAGAGCCGGCCGCUCAUGGUCGCGCUGUGGCUCGGUCUGGCUAAAGUGGGCGUGGAGCCGGCGCUCAUCAAUUUUAACCUGCGACGCGAUCCGCUGAUGCACUGCAUGGGCGUGUCUGGAGCGCGAGGGAUGGUGUUCGGGGCGGAGCUUCUGGACGGUGAGACGCGUACUGAUUUGUUAGUCUGUUCGGACGUGAUGCUUUUUCAAAGGCCAUUGGAGAUGUUUAGAAAAAAGUGUGGCUAAUAGCUGAUGGGAUAUACAUAACACAACU